UAAGCUAUUUGAUUGAGAAACAAAAUUACAAUUAAAAUUAAUGAAUAGUGUUAGUUAAGUCUUAAAAUUUCAAUUAUCAUAUAUUCUCCAAAAUUGGUUAAAAAUUGUUCAUCAGAAUGCUGAAAAUAACUUAUAAGAAUAUACAAUCCUUUUGCCGGAUAUGUCUUGAUGAGCUGGUCGAAAAAUCAGUACUGUUUGGUGAGAAAUAUAACAUUUACGAAAGCGAGGAUAUAGAAAAGCUCAUAGCAUUAUGCUCUCCACAAACAAUUGUGGAAGAUCCUGAUGAUUUACCUCAGUUCAUAUGCUCCGAUUGUAAUAUAAAAUUAGAGGCUUUCCACGAAUUCCGUUGCAAAGCUUUGCAGUCCUUUAACUUCUUGGCCAACAUAUUAAAAGAUUAUGACGAUAAAUCCGGAGAUAAUAUUGUUUUGCUCGCCAACAGUCAAGGUAGUGAAGAGCAACUAGAGAAUAGCGCCCAGACGUCUAAAAUGGAAUUCCAAAGUCCAACAAGAAGUGGAGAAAAACUUCAAAGCUCUAUUGAAAAUGUGGUGGUGAAAGUUAUGCAAGAGCCAUCAUCGAUAAAAUCCGUUAAAGAAAUGUUUAAAAAUGAAAUAUUUGUUGGUGAAGAAGUAGAAAUUGAUAUAAAGGAUAUUAAAACAGAUGACCAUAAACGUUCCGACUGUGAAGAUAGCAUGGAUGUAUUCAAAUUUUUGAAAACAGAUCUGGGCACACAUGAUGAAGACGACAGAGUUGAAAAUGGUGAUAUAUCUGUACAAGCAUUAGAAAUACAUGCGUCGUCGCAAAACAAAAUUAAAAAGAGCACAAAAGCCUCGAAAAGGCUUAUGAAAUCAAACACAAAAGAAAAAACUUCUGACGCUGGUGGUUCACGAUUUCAUUGUCAAGAAUGUUCUCGUCGCUUUGCCACAAAGGAAAAUUUCGAAGCGCAUUUACGCACUCAUCAGGGACUAAAGCCAUACGUUUGCAAGGAAUGCAAUCGCGACUUUAAUAGAGUCGAUCAUUUUCAUGCACACAUGCGUGAAGUUCAUGCUGCUGUGAAACUUCAAUUUGUUUGCUCUUUUGAAGGCUGCGGCAAAAUAUUUACCCGUAGAAAUACUUGCAGAGCCCACUAUCGCCAGAAACAUUCAUUAUUGCAUACAAAGUAUAAACCUAAAACAUAUGUUUGUGAGUACUGUGGCAGUACGUUCAAAAAUGGGAACACAUUUAAGAAACAUUGCCACAUACAUGCACCAGUGGAAGAUCCAGAAAGUGCAGAAUAUAGAGAAGGUGCAAAGCCAGCGUUUUUGACAUUUCUGGCAGAAAACUUUCGUUUCGUGUAAUUGUAAUUUCUUUUUCGUCUUGAAUUUUUGUUUCUCUUCGAGAGAAUUAAAAUAUAUGGGAAUGUAAAUUAACAACCGUUUUCAAUUUCCUUUAUCACAUAUAAAUGACCAAUUUAAAUUCAAUUUUGAAGUCACCGAUUUAAUCAAUUACGUUUUCGACAAGCUUAUUGGCAAGAUCAGUAUGAAGUAGCAACAGCUAAUAAAAAAAAUAUUGAAAUUACUAGAGGAUCAACUACGCUCUUAUGAACCGAUAAAAUAAUAAUAAUACCGUUAUAGAAAAAGAGUCAUUUACUAAAAAAGGAAAAUAAAUAUUUCUUAAAGGAGAAAAAAAUUAAAGAAAUGAUGGUACUAAAAUACAAUGGUGUUCAACAUCAA